AUGAAAAAGUCUGUUCCAGAUAUGCCAGCAAUUACCUUUUCUAAUACCAUUCAAAUAUGUUAUUGGAGAAAGGUAUUGGUUUCAUCCUUGACAAGCAUUGUUGGAGAAUCCAUUGAUAAUAACGGAAAUAAGAUUUCAAUACAAUCUGGAUUAGCAACACACCCGUCAGUUUCACAAUUGAACUACAUUACAUUAGCUUUGAAAACUGAAUCCCCUACCGACAGGUUAAUCUUUGACUUUUCAAUACUUGAAAUUGAUAAUGUCUCAUCAGAUAAGAGCCUCAUAUCAGUAUUCUUUGAUACCACUUUUCCUUUCUACUAUUGUUCCUAUUGGGAUAAUGCAUGGAAUCAGACAGUGGUUGGAGGUGCUUGUAACAUUAAUUACUCAGGAAAAAGUUCAAUUGGCACCAUCUCUGCAUCAAUUGAAAAGACUGGUCGAUUUUCCAUUAUCCGUGAUCCAGGAGAGGGAGGAGAGAGCUUUAUCAGGAAUAAUUAUGAUUUGUUUGCCCUAUUUGCAUUGUUGAUUAUUCCAAUUGUGUGCAUAAUUAUUGUAUUGUUGGUAGCCAUUUACUUGUUGAGAAAGAGAAAGAUCAAAACCAACUUGGAAAAUAAUGAUGUUGAUAUUGUGAAUGUGCGUGAACCUAAACAAACACUUAUCAGUAAUCAACACUUUUAA